AUGAAUGAUCAACAAAAGAAAGAGUUUAGAAAUCAUCACAAAGCCAGAACUAUACUUCUAAGUUCUAUUUCAUACACAGAGUAUGAGAAAAUCACUAACAGAGAUUCUGCAAAGGAUAUGUUUGACUCUCUGAGAAUGAGGCAUGAAGGAAACACUCAAGUCAAAGAAACCAAAGCUCUUGCACUCAUUCAUAAGUACGAAGCUUUCAAAAUGGAAGAAGAUGAAACUAUUAAAACCAUGUUCUCAAGGUUUCAAAUUUUGGUUACUGGACUGAAAGUUUUGGACACAUCUUUGAAGCUUGCAAAAAAUCUGAAAGUUUUUGAUCCGAAGGAGACCGAUGGUCACAGCUUUGAAGCUUGCAAAAAAUCUGAAUGCUAUAUCUCUCUCGAAGAACUUAUCAUCUCCUUGAGAAGUCAUGAGAUAGAACUAGAAGAAGAUGAACCCCAUAAGAAUCGUAAGUCUCUUGCCCUUAAAUCUAAAAGUAAAUUUAAAACUAACGCUUUUCAGGAAGAUGAAGAAAGCUCUAGAGGUUCCUCAUCAGAAGAAGACAAACUAUCUCUCAUAUCCAGAAGAGUCCAACAACUCUGGAAGCACAUACAAAGGAAUCCCAGAAAUCAUAGAAGAUCUAACGAUUACUCUAAAUCACCUUCUGGAUACAGAAAGUCUAGAAACAAGGAAAUUAUUUGUUAUGAAUGCAAUGAACCUGGUCACUACAAAAGCGACUGCCCGAAACUACAAAAGGAAAAGCCAAAGAAGAACUCCAACAAAGAAAAGAAGAAAAGUCGUAUGGCUACUUGGGACGAUUCAGAAUCUUCUGAAGAAGAAAUAGAAGAUGAGCGUGCCAACAUUGGCUUGAUGGCCAACAUAUCAAGUGGGUUCAGCUCAUCUGAAUCCGAAUCAAAUUCAGAAGUAGAAGAGGUAUUCUCUAAAGUUUCUAGAUCUCAUUUGGAACAAUGUUUAUCAGAAAUUCUUGAAAAAUAUCAGAAACUUCGAAUCAAAUAUAAGAACCUGAAACAUGGUCGAGUAUCUGAUUAUGAAUAUUCCAGAAAGCUUAAAGCAGAAAAUUCUGAUUUAAAAGAAAGUCUUUUUAAACUUAAAAAUGAAAACUCGGUUAUCAAAGACGAGCUACAACUAACUCAAAAAGAAUAUGACUUAAAAGCUUCUGCAUAUUCUGAUAAUUUUAUUAAAGAAUAUGACCAUAGUUUUCAAAAAUUUCUAGCUAACAGUAUAGAUCGAAGCAAGAUGGCUUCAAUGAUAUAUGGAGUUAGUGAAAAUACUAGAAAAGGUAUAGGGUAUGUGAAACCUAAAGGAAAAGAACCAUAUCAACGUAAACAUGUUGACGAUAUGAUCAUAAAAAUCACACCUUUAGAAUCUCACUUCACAUAUGGUCACACACAUGACAUUAAAUAUACUAGCAGUUCUUAUAUCACAAAUUCUGGUGAGAAAUCAAAACUCAAUUAG